AUGACAGGUGGACCCAGUCUGGAGAAUGGCGCACAUUUAUUACCAUCAAUUGGGAAUCUCCCGACUCCGCGCGAUAUGUCACUUCCUGUAGCAGGAACUGGACUGGAUUUCCUUGCGAACGUAUCAGCACAGCAAGGACGUGCCGAUCCAAAUAUCCAUCCCAUGUUACUCGACGAGCAGCAGUCCUUCUUCGGCUGGGGUGAGGUAACACAUGUUGAUCAAAAUAUGCAACAAAACGGUCAAGCUUUUGAUACUACACAUAGUGAUAUGCUACAGUUGUGGCUCGAGCCUCGAACCGAAGUGGGAUCUAAUCCGGGCUCAUUGGAUCUGGGGCACGUUCCUCUGAUGAACUGUGACCAACAAACCCGAAAUUCAAUCGAUAGUGGAAGAUCGCCUGGUGAUAAUAUCCCAAACGAGCGAUUCUCCAAGGUCCAGCGAUGUUGGCUUGCUCCAAAUCAUACUGGUCGAUUGAUCAAUAGCCUCUGGAAAGAGAUUGUCCAGACUCAUGGAGAUAAUAUCUUUUCUCGCGACUUUUUCCACCUCCCCAAUGAUCUGAACCUACUUCAGGGUUCACGAUACGGGAUUGAUGAUGACUGCAGGCGUCGUUUGCAAACAGCCUUUGCUCAGACAUCAAUACCUUUCUCGCAGAUGCAGUCACCCAUGAACGAUGCAGUCUCCGCCACAACAUACGACUCGCCUUUAAAAACUUUUCCUCAUUUCCCACCUGCUGAGGUCCUGGAUAUGGCUCUCGAUCUGUACUUCAGAAACUUUCACCCGCUUGUACCAUGUGUCCAUCUUCCAACUUUCGAGGCCAAGAAAACCCAUCUCCCUUAUCUCUAUGUAAUGUGCCUUAUUGGAAUGAUGCUCCUUGGUACGAAGGGUACAACAAUUUUGGGUGGGGAAACUCCGACCAACAUUGUGUCUACUUUUGCCACAACUUUUCUGUUUUUGAACUUGGCUGUUUUAACGGGGGAAACAUCUCAUUUGGAGCAAUGCCAAAUGCUUUAUGUCAACCUCAUGUCGAUCGCUCAACGACAUGGCUUGUUCACCGCAACAGAGGGCCAAUUACUAGAUAUGAGUCUCUUUGAAGCCGUGCCCGACAUCGACAUGCGAUGGAAAGCCUGGAGCAAAGUCGAAUCCACAAAGAGAGUCAUAAUCAGCCUUCUUCUCCUAGAUUCAUGGUACUCAUCGCUACUUUCAACGAGUCCUAUCAUUGUCCCCGACUCAAUCCAAAUAAUUCUUCCUUGCAACGAGGCUCUGUUCCGAGCAGACUCAUCUAUGCGCUGGACGCAUCUCAUCCGCAGCGGGAAACGAAUUCUCAUGCCAAUGGUGCCGGCACCAUCAGAAAACACACACAUCCCACCACUUGAAGGCUCCAUGGACGAACUCUGCAUCCAAGCGGUGCUGUCAAUGGUUCAAAUCCGUCAAUCAGAAUCUUAUCAUCGACUUCUCUCCAAUCGGGCUAGCUACCCUUUCGCACCCUGUCACACCUACGCCAUGGAUGGUCGGGCUCGAUGCCUCCCAUCACUGCAAUCACAGAUCGCAAACGAAUACGGCGAGAUGCUCCAGCAGCUUAAUCCCAAUGCGCCGAUUACAUGGCAUUAUAUGUGCAUGAAAAUGACAGCGGAUAUUCAAAUAUUUGACUUCGCGGCUGGCAGAGCAGGCCCUGUACCGGCACGGAAGGCUCUUGAUGACAUUGCUGAAUGGUCGCAGACUCCAGCUGCUAGGAGAGCUUGUCUUCAUGCAGCACAUAUCUACAAAGCGAUGACCAGUCGCAAGGCCUCUGAUCAUCCAACCUUUCAUUCUGUCUUUGCGCUUUUCUCCGCUGCACUCGUUCUCGGAUUGUAUACAUUUAUGAUCCCGAGUACUGUCAACACGUCUUCAACCCUUAGUUCUAUCGAACUGAUGGAUGAUAUAGACUGGAGCAAAGUCGAAAGGGAAGGAUUCACGAGUUUUAUGGAACCGAGAGGGAGUCAGUCAUUCUCACCAGCUGAUGAUCCUGCUGUAAACUUCAUUCGCAACGGGUCUACUAUCUACUUGCGUGGUGUCCCUGUGCAAGCUGGUUAUCAAUCUGCUCGAAGGAUUUUGCUCGAUUAUGCGAGUCUUUUGAAGGAUUCGGGGAAAUCAACAGUGAAGAAGUUCUCUUAUGUGCUUCAUAUUAUGAGUGAUGUGCUAAUGGAUGUGGAAUGA